AUGGAGGCAAAUCAUCUUUUGCGACCCCAAAGCCCUUUCCCGGCCACCGGGGCUCGCCGGAAGCACAUGCACAAGCCGAAAGUAUCUCAUCAUCAUGUUCUCGCCGUUCUGACGAGGCCGACCAAGAACGUCGAGGGCUUGACAAGCUCAAAAACUGUUUAUAAUGACAAUUGGUUCGAUCGUCUAGCGAUCAAUCAUCUCUCCCACAACGUCCAAGCUGCAUCAGGGUUGAGAAACAAUAAGGGUGGAUACGAUGGUUUGGUGGAGGCAGCAAAAGUGGCAUCACGGAACUUCAAUCCAACCCAACAACAAAAAAUUAUCAUUGAAGCUCUUGAUAAAGCCUUUCCUAAGCCUAUCCUCUAUUUGGCAAAUGAAUUUUGUAAGGUAAUUAUAUCAAGCGACAAAGCUGUUCUAUUCGUUAUCAAUAUCCAUAAGAUGUGGCAUCGCCUCUCUGUUCACAUAGCCAUCUAUGUCCUCCGUGAUAUCCGUAUGAUACUACCAGAAUCUAAGCUUGCAAGGGAAUAUUUUGCCGCUUUCACUACUGUCUUUUUCUCUUGGCUUGUUGGCCCCUGCGAGGUGAGAGAGUCGGAGUUCAACGGAGGAAGGGAGAAGAAUGUCGUCCACAUAAAGAAAUGCAGGUUCUUAGAGGAAACUAAUUGUGUGGGACUGUGCGCCAACCUCUGUAAGAUGCCAUCCCAAGUUUUCAUUAAGGACUCCCUUGGAAUACCAGUUAACAUGGUCCCUAGUAAGUAUCCUGUGAUAGCUUCUGUUAGCUUAUAG